AUGGUCGGCAUGGACAGACAAGAGAUCAUUGCGACGAACAAGUCGCUGCGCUUGAUCAAGAAUGAACUGGAGCAUCUGCUCGAAAAGGGCAUCGUAGACGAUGCAACCUUUGAUUCCAUCAUGCGCACACUCCCAUCCGAGACGUCGCUCUCCAGCGCUGCCACACCAGCAGCAACUCGCCAGACCUCGGUCGCCAGCCCGGCCCCGAGCCAUAACCCCAUCUCGCCGCCGGUCAACUCCAUGGCCAACCUGGCUAUUGGCUCGAACCCGGGUACAUCGCCCGCGCCUCCGGCCUACCACACCACCGGUCCGCCGUCGCUCCCAGCCCGGAACGGACCUCCGCCGCCCCCGCCCAGCAAGCCCAUCAUUGCGCACGCCAAGGCCCUGUACAAGUAUACGGCGGCUGACGACCGGGACCUGAGCUUUGAGCGCGAGGACAAGAUUGCCGUCUUUGAGUACAUGAACGACGACUGGUGGAUGGGCAAGAACCAGCGCACGGGCGGCGAGGGUAUCUUCCCCAAGAACUAUGUCGAGAUCGACCAGGCCGCCGAAAAGGCCGGCUUCUACGCACCCGCCCAGCCCACGUAUGCCCCUCAGCAGGCCGGUGGAUACCCGGCGCCGCCGCAGGGUCAGAAUCCCUACAACUCUAGCGUGCCGCCCAUGGCGGUCGCCGAGGGCAGCGGCGAGCAGCAGAACGCCCAGGGUGGCAAGGGAAGCGAGAUGGGCAAGAAGUUUGGAAAGAAGCUCGGAAACGCUGCCAUUUUUGGUGCUGGUGCCACAUUGGGUGGAAACCUGGUCAACAGUAUCUUCUAA